AUGAGGAGGUUAAAGACGCAAUGGUCGCCCGAAGUGGGCGAAUGGGAGAGGCCGACCGGGCAUCGAAGUAUCCCUGCCAUCUUUGCUCGAGGAGGCACCUCCAAUGGCCUUGUUAUCUGGAGGCGUAGCUUCCCGGGUAUGAAGCUCUGGCACGGGGUGCUCCCCGCGCUGAUGGGAUCCCCUGACCCCUACGGUCGCCAACUCGACGGCAUGGGCUCGGGCCUCUCAUCUACCUCCAAAAUCUGCAUCCUAUCCCCGUGCUUGGACCGAGAUGUCGCCGAUAUCGAGUUCACGUUUGCGCAGACUGGCAUCAAGGACGACACUCUGGCAUGGCUGGCAACUGUGGCAACAUGCUGGCCAUUGACAAACACACGCGCGGCGACGGUCCGCCAUUUGAACACCAAUACAUCCAAAGUUGUGCACUCAACAUUUCCUGUUGGCGGAACUAGCAGGCUCUCAUAUUUGCCCUGGGGAAGCCAUGAGCUGGCCGGGGUGCCGGGCAAGCACUUGAGGAUCGACCUCGAUUUUAUCAAUCCAGGAGGCGCUAAGACUGGCCGAACCCUGCCGACUGGCAACCCCGUCGACAAACUUAGCCUUCCCGACGGCAGCACCAUCGAGGCCUCCCUUGUCGACGUCUCGAACCCGGGUGUCUUUGUCCGGGUCUCUGAUCUCGGCAUCCAAGACCCCACCGCCCUGAAUCCUGCCAUCAUCGAUGCGGAUGCGGCCCUGAAAGACCGCCUGGAACAAAUCCGCCAGGCCGGUGUCUCUGUGAUGGGCCUCAAUCCUAAGACGGAGAGCGUCCCCAGAAUUGUGCUCGUCUUCCCUUCUGAAGCCGCUCAACAAACCCCACGAGUCAAUAUCAAAUGCCUAGCUUUCUCGAUGGGCCAGGCACACAAAGCAGUGCCACCGACCCUUGCGCUGUGUCUUGGUGCGGCCGUGCGGCUGCCUGGGACGAUACCUAACCAGCUCGCUGUUGGGGCUGAUGAUGCGAGUGACGCCAUUUUGAUCGACCAUCCAGCAGGCGUAUUGGACGUCAGGGCGACCGUUGUGAACGGAGAAGUCCACUCGGCCGAGCUGUGGAGAACUGCUCGUGUGCUGAUGGUGGGCGAGGUAUUUUACUGA